GAGAAGGAAACUGUACACCAGGCAGUGGAGAACCAGCGUGUUGGGGUAAGACCUCUACCCACACAACGUGGAGACAAAGUGGGCAGGAGGGACCCGCGAUGGCCCAGUUCCCCUUCUUCCUUUGAACUGUAAACUGAAGACGGGAUCUCGGUCUGAGUCAAAGGGACAGUAUGCUCACAGAAUUCCUGUCCCUGCUUUGCCUUGGACUCAGCCUGGGAUUUGAAGAUGAGAAAAAGAAUGAGACACUUCCCAAGCCCUCCUUCAGUGCCUUGUCCAGCUUAGUGGUGGGAUACAGAGGCAACGUGACCCUGAGGUGCCAGUCUCACUUCCAGAAUGUGACAUUCAUGCUGGGGAAGCUGCAGGACUCCAGGUACAGGCAGGAGCAGAGGUCCACAGGACACAAGGCUGAGUUCUUCCUUACUCACCUGGAGCCAAAGGAUGCUGGGAUGUACUUUUGCGCCUACAAGACAAUGGUCUCCCAGGAGUGGUCAGGGGAGAGUGAAUACCUACAGCUCAAGGUCAGAGAUGUCCACGAUGGACAUGGAGCUAUGGAAGGAAAAAAUGCCAACAGAUUGAUCUUUGCUGCCACCUUCAGCUGCCUUUCCAUUUCCAUCCUCUUCCUCGCUGUCUUCUUCAUCAACAGAUGCACCCAGCAUGGUUCGUCACAUGGAGAUUCCACCAAGAGAAUCAGCCAUUCUGAAUUUCCCAAGCAGGAGGCUACAGAUUUAUCCAACCUGGAGAGGCUAUCUGUCUCGACUGAAAGACCCCCCCAGGGAGGGAGCCAUGCUGAUCUCUACCUGAGGCAGUCUCUGUCCUCCGCCGAGGAGCCCCAGGAUCUUGUGAAUGUGCAGUGCGGCAGGUAAAGGAUGACAGCCAGAGCCCUAGAAAAGGAGAACGUGCGUUAAGAUGCUGGAAUGACUGGUCUCAUGGAAAACAGGUCACUCCACGUCCUUGGCUCAUAAUCCAUAGUAACAAAAUUAAAGUUCUGCUUUUUUGA